AUGUUUUACCUUCAUAUGUUCUAUUUCACUAUAAUAUUUGCAUCAAAACUGAUAACUGAAGCUACUAUCGAGAAAUCCGAAGAAAAGUUGUCCAAUGAGACUCUUAAAAAAUCAGGAUGUGAGGAUGUGAAUGUAGUGAAUUGUUCGGAUCCUCGGGUUUUGAUCACGAUCCAGAGGUUUAAUUUGAAGACAUUUAAGUCCAUCGCGUUUUUGGACUAUCGGACGCCUGUUAAGGGGUCGAACCCGAAUGAGCGUGACGUGGCGUGGAGGUUUAGAAACAAGAAAGAUAGAUCUUGGAGAAAGUACCGGGAUUUUCGGAGGUUUAAGAUCGGGUUUACCGAUGAUUGUAGUUACAAAGUGGUUCACGCCGGUCGUUGGCAUUCGGGAGUAAAUGCACGUCGUCCAAGAAGUCGAUUUAAUUCCAGUAGAACUAGUCCAAGAGCCAAAUUUGCUCCACCGGUUCGAGAUGAGGAGAUUAACGAUACCAUUCCGAUCUUGGGAUCGGAUUCAGCUUUCAAGAACGGGAAAUACUUGUAUUAUUCGCGGGGUGGUGAUUACUGUAAAGGAAUGAACCAGUACAUGUGGAGUUUUCUGUGUGCUUUGGGUGAAGCUCAGUACUUGAAUCGAACAUUCGUGAUGGAUUUGAGUAUCUGCUUAGCAUCUUCUCAUACUCGUAGUCAUAAGGAUGAGGAGGGAAAAGAUUUUAGAUUCUAUUUUGAUUUCGAACAUUUGAAGGAAACUGCAUCGAUUGUCGAUGAAGGAGAUUUCCUUAAAGAUUGGAGGAAAUGGAAUAGGGCGCAUAAGAAGAAAAUCUCGGUAAGAAAGGUUAAGGACUACAAAGUGUCCCCCGACCAACUGUUGAAGGAUAAGAGCACAAUUAUAUGGAGGCAAUUUGAUGCCCCUGAACCGGAGAACUAUUGGUAUCGGGUCUGUGAAGGACCUUCUGCCAAAUACAUCCAGAGACCAUGGCAGGCUUUGUGGAAAUCAAAGCGACUGAUGAACAUAGUAACUGAGAUUAGUGGAAGCAUGGACUGGGAUUUUGAUGCUGUUCAUGUUGUUCGUGGAGAGAAAGCACAGAACAAGGCGUUGUGGCCCUACCUGGAUGCUGAUACGUCUCCCGAUUCCCUUGUCACGAAGCUUCAAGGAAUUAUUAUGCCUUGGAGGAAUCUGUAUGUUGCCACAAACGAGCCAUUUUAUAACUAUUUCGAUAAGCUUAGAUCUCACUACAAAGUGCAUUUGCUUGAUGAUUAUAGCUACUUGUGGAGUAAUACAAGUGAGUGGUAUAACGAAACAACACAACUGAACGGUGGCCAUCCAGUUGAGUUUGAUGGGUAUAUGAGAGUUGAAGUUGACACAGAGGUCUUUUAUCGAGCAAAAUCAAGGGUCGAGACAUUUUACAACCUGACAAAAGACUGCAAAGAUGGAAUCAACACUUGCUAGAUAGGAAGGAGAUAUCCUUUAGUGCUCUGUAUACGCCA